GAAGCCGUAUAGGUGAAACGUGUGUGUAUCACGGCGUCUCCCACCGAGAAAAGGCGACGCGAUUGCAACCCCGCGCGAGAUCGACCUCGCGUUCCACUCCCACUCCUCUCCACCUUCAAAUCCACGCGAGUUGUUGAGCGAGAGAGAGAGAGAGAGAGAGAGAGAUUUGAUUUGCGUUUGCGUUUUGCGUCCAUGGCGCAGCAGCAGAGGAUGGUGAUAGUGGGGGAGGAGCACUGCGGCGGCGGGGAGGACAGGGAGCUGACGGUGAGGAAGACGACGCUGUUCUGCCCCGGCGACGGGCUGGAGGCGUACGACCACGGGACGGGGACGCUGGCGUUCAGGGUGGAGACGUACGGGCGCGGCGGGGUGUGCGGCGGCGGCGCGGCGGCGGGGGACCUGGCGCUGCUCGGCCCCGAGGGGGAGCCCGUGCUCACCGUCCGGCGCCGCCGCCCCAGCCUGCACCACCGCUGGGACGGGUUCCUCGGGGACGGCGCCGCCUCGGGGCAGAAGCCGCUCUUCUCCGCCCGCCGCUCGUCCAUCCUCGGCGUCGGCUCAGGCGCCGCCGCCGUCCUCGUCGACCUCCUCGCCCCCGGCGCCGCCGGCGAGUUCCGCGUCGACGGGUCCUUCCCGCGCCGCUGCUGCCGCGUGGUGGCCGUCAAGGCCGCUGCCCCCGCCGGCGGCGGCGGGGAGGAGGAGGAGGAGGAGGUGGUGGUGGCGGAGGUCCGGAGGAAGGUGGACGAGGACGCGCACGUGGUGAUGGGGCGCGACGUGUUCGUGCUGUGGUUGCGCGCCGGGUUCGACGCCGCGUUCGCCAUGGGGAUCGUGCUCGUUCUCGACCGGAUCACCGGCGACGAGCUCAACGGCGACCUGAGCGAGGACCUCGCCGUCGCCAGUUCGCCGGUGUAAAAGCUUUCGGUGAUCGGAUCAAUGGGUUCAUGCUUAGAGAUGUGUAAAAUAUGUAUCAUCUUGCAAAUUCUUUUUUGUAUGUUUUCUUGUCGAAGUUUGAAUAUUUUGCCUUGUGAAUUGAGCUUGUAGCUUUGAGCGAAAUGCAAGUUACUCCUAAUUACGUUAGCCUUUGACAGUAGUAAUAACUAUAGUUAAUUAUUUUGCUUGUUCUUU